UAAACGACGUUUGUGUCCCAGCUAUUUCUCAAGAAACGAGCGAAAUUAUCAAAACUGCAUUUUGUAAUGCAAUAACCCCGUUUGGAGUAUAUUGCGCUAGACACGGGAGAUUUCAACUUCUGGUACGACCAAACUCAAUCGAAAACGUCUUUAGCUUAUUGAACGAGUACAUAAACGGCGACCUUAAUAAGAAACUGAAACUUGUACAAGAUUUAAUACGCACCUUCCCAGGUUGGGAGGAAUAUGAACACGAGGUUGUGCUCUACAAGGAAAAUUAUGAAUUUGUUAUAGACAGCAUAGCUAAGCAACUGAUGCACGAACUCGGGUUACAUGGAUAUAGUUCUCCACCAAAUCGAAAUAUCACGGUAGAAAAGUCCGAGCAAGGCACUAUCCUUCUGAAUGUAGCAUGCUUUUCACCAGAAGACUGGGAAGCUUUUACACAAGCUCUUCGGCAUGGGCAACUGAGGCACACAUUAGGUGUUCUUGAACAAAAUUUGAAACGUAUAUGCGCAGACGCGUCUUUGAAUGCCAGUUUGAUUUACGAUGAAGGUGGUUGUUUACAGUCCAGAGUUGAACAACAAAAUGCUCUUUGUAUUAGAUUCCAACCAAAUCCUACGCCAAGAGAGAAGCCGAUACAAUUGCGCAAAAACAUAGACGUUACCAUGUCAUCGGACACGAAACUACCUUAUUUAACCGGCUUUUCUGUCAACAAAACAGGACUUAUUAUCGCUGCAGAUCUAGCCAACAGAUAUAUUAAAAUGAUUGAUACAAAGUUCGGUAAAUGUAUCGGAAGAUCGUUAAAAACUUGCUGCAGCCCAGAAUGUAGCAAUCAAUGCAACAAAAAGUACCAUCCAUGGGACGCAACUUUCAUUGAUGAGACCCAGGCAGUGGUUUCUGUUCCUGCAGCAGGUAAACUCUUUUUCGUCGAUACCAAAAACGGCAAAUUAUCGGUUAGCAAAGAGAUGAGCAAUCAAAGACAAUGCAGAGGACUAGCAUAUUGCGAUGGCCGUUUGUACGUAACAUAUGGAUCACCGGAGAGAAAAGUAAAUAUAAUGAAAACCGACGAAACAGAUGUACAAACGUUCUCGAACCGAUUUAUCUCCGAGCCAUGGUAUGUCGCGGUGAAUGCGAACGAUAAGUCAAUGUAUAUAACAGAAACAAUGAGCAGGAAAGUCAUCCGUUUGGAUAAAAAUGGUACUUCUGUACAGAUAAUUGACUUAAUGCGACUUUUAAACAUUCCGCAAGGUGUUGCUUUAUUAGACGAAUCAAAAUUGCUGUUAUGUGCCUACAAAUACAGGGAUAGACAACACACUGAUGUACUCUAUGAGAUCAAUUUAGAAAGCGGCGAUAGCUGUGAAAUGAUGCACCGGGGUUUAAAAUGGCCAGAAGGAAUCGCUAUUGAUAGAGAAUCCGGUCAUGUGUAUGUCAGUAUGUGUGACCAGAACAAACUCGCUAUGUUCCAACUGUAAUUUUUAAAGCAUUCUUCUGAAAGUGAAAUUCAUAGGAGUGCCAAAAUGUAGUUUGUAUUAAGUUAUUAUUUUAUUUUAAUGCCUACUGUAAUUGUGAUAUUAUAAUUUAUUAAAUACUUUAUUAUAGCAAACAAUGUCUCGAAACAAAUUAUGUUUUUAUAAAUUCGACAAAUUCGACACUACUUUAAAAUACAUGCUUAUUUCUUAUUGCUUAUCAUCAUGAAAUAAAGCUCAUUCUUACAAAUUCGCCCUCUUUAAUUUAGUAGACUUGCAGUUUUAUCUUAUUUACGAAUAUAACAAUAAUGAAGAAAUCAGGUGCAUUUUGCGUUUGAUGGCUUACGUCUUAUUCGAACUAAUGUUACAGUCUCAGUGCAGUAGCCGCAAGAGUCAUUGUUUGCUACAUGUACGUUUGGUUUAGAUCACUCUUUAAAGACUAAUUUAUCAACUCCAGGCCAAUUUUAAAUAUCAAAUAAGGUAACAUGUAUUACAAGUUUGACUUUCUUAACAAAUUAUAUGCACAUAUAUUAUUUCGUUUUUAAAUCAAUUGUUAAAUAUGAUGCUUGUUCAUUAGAUUACGUCAACAUCGAUUCUAUUUCACUGUUUAAUUCUUAAACACGUUUUAAAGUAUUUUUUGACAGGAAGCUUCUUGUUUCUUUUACAAAUAGAGUGAGCAAAAUAAUUGUAUUUAGAUUUAUAGAAACCUAAUUUAAUAAGUUGUGUAAGUUUUCUUUUUACAACCAACAUUAUAGCUUCUUCCUGUUUGUACAUGACAAUGUAAAUAUUUAUGAUGCUAAAUCGGAAGCUUCUCUUCAAAUACUUAUGUGUUUUUUUAUUGCAUCUUGAAUCUAAGACAUGUAUCUAUACAAAAUACGAACGAUAAUGAAACAAGUAUUAAUGAACGUAAAGGGUCAAACAAUGCCGUUGAUUGGUAAGGCUUGAUAAUAAUUCUCCGAUUCAGUCGAACAAAGUAUCGGUUCGCCUGAGCUAGUUUUGACAAACAACUCAGGGUCAUAUAUAAAGAUGUCAGUUGUUAUAACGUUAUCUACGUCUCCGGUAUGUGUGCAUACUUUUAUACUCGUGUACUGUUCACAAUUGGACACUCUUUUGAUAUACAUAAUUCAUAUUAUAGUUUCAUAUCACCUGUACCAAACGUAUCAUUAACAUUUUGUUUGCAAGAUUAAUAUUUUUGUAGGAAAAAAAGGACAUAAUUUGCAUAAAACUUCGAAACACAUCUAAUGAUAUUUUUUACUUGCGAAAAAACGUUAAGUGUUAAAAAGUAUAUGUAUUAUUGUUUGAUUUGAGAAUGUAUGCUUUCUACGAUGUAAAUUGAUCUUUUAAUUUGAACAUCUUUAUCUUAUGUAAAGGCAACAACUGGUUAACCAUUACUGUACCCAUCGACAUGAAUCAUAUAAAUUAAUUAUGUGUAUUGUGCUAGAAACGAUAACGUCUCUGUUUCUGACAAUAUGCUAUAAAUGACAAGUUUACUUAAAUUUAUAACAGAAAACAUGUGUGUGCUAAAAGUCCACACCUGUAUUAAGUAACGAAUCUACAAUUUUAUGUUGAUUGCAUUGUUAUUGUUAUAAAAGUGUUAAUACUGUAAAUAUACUAUUCAGAUUUGUAUAUAAAAUAUUGAUAAUUAACUAUCAUUUCAUAAAUCAGUCUCGUGAUAUGUUGGCGCCAAUUUUUGUCGUGUGUUUUGCAUCCUUACUUACGGGCAUCAACAGGACACUAAGAAUAAAUUAACCCGCCUAAACGGUAAUUAAGUUACUUGUAGUUUUGUCAUGUACGCGUUUUGCAAAUUCAAACACGCUAACACGCCAGAAAAAAAAUCAGAGGCCCAAACACGGCAAGUGUUCACUCUUUUUGGAACGUCAACACCAAACUAUAUAUCAAUCGUUUUAUUGCACAUUUGUUAGCGUGUUGGCCCCUGUUAAUUGUCGUGUGGUGUGUUGGCUUGUUGGUCCCUGUUAAUUGUCGUGUGGCGUGAUGGCGUUUUGGUCCCUGUUUAUCGUUGUGUGGCGUGUUGGCAUGUUUGAAGGGCCUUAACAUGCGUACGGGACGGAACGGUAAAUAUACGCGAAGAUACGGAACAGUAUUAAGUGUUGUGUUGUUGUGUUGUCGAUUUGCGCCAUUUUAAUCACCCGCUUCAAAUAAAGGUGUUUGCUCAGAUAGUUCAAAGCGUUUCAAUAUUCCGAUAUUAAUCAUGGAAAAAGUUCACUGUACAACGAUGCUUUUUCCUUGUAUGUUUUAUGUUUCAAAACUGUUUUCAUGCAUCUGCGGCUGUGCGCGUGUGCCAUGAUGUAUUUAUUUUAUGUUUGUAUGAAAAGCUUUAUUUAUAAACGAAGAUGAGAAUGCAAGGUGAAUGCACAAUUAAUGAUUUUAAAUGUAAUUGUUUUUAAGAUGUACCAGUACCUUACAUAUGUUUCGCUUUCAAAUGCCUUACAAUUGAAAUAUGUGUUAUAAUUCCUAUAUCAGGAUAUUUAUGUUGUAUAAUCCGUUUUUAUUCCCUUUCUUAUCUCACAAUUAUGACAUAAUUUCAUUACAUGUUGAUUCUUUAAUGCAUCUGGGUAUUUGUUCAACGCUAGAUUAUAUCGCUUGUUUAAAUUGUUUUUGAUUUUGUCAUGAUUUCCCUUACGAAUGUUGUAUAUCUGGGAUGCCUUUGCCUAUCAUUGUCUGUGCGUAUACUAAUUGAAUCUAACGUAUGUUAAAUAUAUUAGGUUUGAUGCAACUUCAUCAGAAAUAAAGAGUUUACCUUUUUGA